CCAAUAAUCACAAAUCACAAACUCCCCUCAGAGGGCGUUACAGUCUCUACACAUAGACAAUAUAAAAAAACCUUUGAGUGUAAACAAGGUCAGAACCUUCAGGGGAGCAGCAGAGGAGGAUCCCUCUCCAGGAUGGACAGAAGCUUUGAUUUACACCUGUUGGGUCACUUGCCGAAUAUGAAUGUUAUAUUACUUCUAAAACGAUUUUUACAAACUUAUUUGUAAAGUAACGCUUAAAGGUCACAUUAAUAUAUUUUUGCUUCAUAAUCUAGAAUAUGAUAAGCAUCAUCUUCUAAAACUUGUAAUUGCUAGUUUAAUAUAUUUUUGCUUCAUAAUCUAGAAUAUGAUAAGCAUCAUCUUCUAAAACUUGUAAUUGCUAGUUCACAAACUGAGGAGGCCCGCGGUGCCACCGCGCGACGAAGAAAGAAGACGAAGAAGAAGAAGUUCGAUUGACUCGUCGAUCGUCUACUUCCGUCUGGUUGCGGUACUUCCGGUUUCAAAGUCCAGCUGGUGGCGGGGCAGAUAAAGACGACAAUGGAGAUGUUUGUGAUUGUUUAGAGUCUGAGCGACAUGGAGCCGUCGGUGGCGUCUCUGGUCCGCCUGCUGGAGUCAUACCGAGGGAGAGACAAAGUAGUGCGGUCGGUGUGUUUCGGCUCCCAGCUGCUCGGAGGACUUCUGACCCGGCGGGACGGAGAAGCUUCUUCUCUCCGACUCGGGAAACGUCUGCUGCUGUUUUCUGCUCAGCUGAGUCACUGCAGGACGGUGAUGAGGCUGUUUGACGACCUGUCGAUGCUGGCCUACUGCCACGGAUACGGGCUGGGAGGCGGGGAGGAGGAUGGCGCCGUGCGCUGCGUGUCGCUGCUCGCCAACAUGGCCGACCAGCUGUUCUACCCCUGUGAGCACAUGGCGUGGGCGGCGGACGCUCGGCUGAUCGAGGGGAAGUCGGACAGGUGGUGGCUGCUCAGCACGGCGCUGUGGGCCACCUCGCUGCUGCUGGGGAUCCUCAGAUCUCUCCGAGUUCUGCUGCUCCUGAAGAAGGAGCUGAGGCGGUGUGAGAGGGGUGGAGCGGGCAGCAGCCGCGCUCAGCUCCACAGUCAGAUGCGAAGGGAGCUGCUCUCCAUCCUCAGCAGCAUGGCUGACCUCGCUAAUGCCGUUCACUGGAUGCCGCCCGGCUUCCUCUGGGCGGGACGGUUCCCCAACUGGCUGGUGGGGCUGAUGGGCUCCAUCUCGUCACUGAUUGGCUUGAUGAGCGCUGGAGACAGUGACGAGACCGCCAGCCCGUAGUCUGUACCGCUCAGGUGCUUUGACCAAAUCACUGAGUGAAAGGAGGAGGAGCUAAAUUAAUGUGAUCAGACUCCUGUCAGAUUGUCUGGAAGAUACAUUUACAUAAUAUUCAUCUGGACCGAAAACUGGAUGAUAAGUGAAUAAUCAAAAUAGACUUAUAUCCAAUCAUGUAAGUGCUUUAUCGGAUGUGACUGAAAACCUUUCAGGAAAUUGGCAAACAAUCUUCAAUUCCAUUUAAAUGAAAUAUAUAUAUAUGUAGGGUCAUUUUAAUCAACAGUUGGAGGACAUUCUUGAUGAGAUUAGCAAUCAAAUACCCUAAUACUCAGUAGAAAACACUGGUUGUAUAGAAACUGUCAACAUUGUCAUACAAACUGGGCAAAUUCGACUGAAGCUGCUUAAGAUGUACAUUAAAUUAUAUUGUAACGUCUCGGACGUUAUGGACUGAUGACACGGAGACGGGACGACGUUAUUACUCCUUCUUUAUUGGGAAUCCUCCAACACAGACAGCUGCUCCUCUCAGCUCAGCAGCUCGAACCUCGACACAACGGUUCCCGUCAACCACACGUAACUCCCCUCCCUCCACAGGUUAACCCCGCCUCCCCUCUACUCCGCCAAUCACAGGCACGCCCCCUCGACCAGCACGCACGGUGCCACCUGUGAUCGACAGCCACUUCACAGGGUCGCUACAAUAUGUUCAGUAACUUUAGAUGAGAAACUAAUGUAACUGUUUAAAUACCUUGAAAUGGCUGAGACGUUUAAUCGAUGUUCGAUUGAGCGGGUCUGAAAGCGUCAACAUGACGUGUACAGCUGUUGCCUUCAGGUGCUGACGGACGGAUGAAUACUGAGAUGCCGCCACAUCUGUAGUCGGGCAGCUAAAUUACAUUACGCACUAAAUGGUUCAAUUCUAAUAAAAAAAUGCAAAAUGUU